UGGAAGAGUCGCCCAUUGCUUGCUAGGCUGGUGUGAAUUUUUCGUAGUUUUAUCUAAAUAAUGACUUUCUUAAGUUAACAAUUAUUAUUUUAGAUUCAGUGAUUAGUGUUUAAUUUGCUGAACAUUUAAGUUUUUGUCCAUAUUAGACUGGUGUGCUAUGGUCUUUAUUUCCCGUUUCGUUACCUCAAUCUAAUCUAAACAGAAAAUGGCCGACGGUGUUGGUGCGGGUGUCUCCUUUGUUUAGGCCUGAAUUUUAGUGAAAAUAAGUGCUAAAAGAAAUAAUGCCUAGUGCCUCGUUUUCCUCUUCGCGUUCUUACGUCCGUAGAUCGCGAAGAAAAGGCGGACAUCGAAUACCUCUUCCUUCUAGGACACAAUCGACUGAACCAUGUGAGUCAGUCCCUUGCCCACAAAACAACGUGCCAGCUGGGAGUGCAAUGGCGGCGACCGCGUGCGCAGGCCCGAGCGGCAGCGGCGGCGGCGGCUCGCCCCCGGUGCCGGCGGCCGCGCCCGCCACUACGGCUGGACACCACAGCCCCUACGACUUGCGCCGCAAGUCGCCCCCGGCGUACCAUGAACCUGGCCCCUCGGGCACAUGCUCUCUUCCAGCCCGGAAACGGCCACGCACAUCGCUGUCGCAGGGCGUAGAUGUAUGCAAUGUAUCUCAGUACCUUCAAUAUGAACUGCCAGAUGAGGUGCUUCUUUGCAUCUUGUCACAUCUCACAGAGCGGGAUCUGUGUCGCGUCGCGCAGGUCUGCAAGAGAUUCAACACUAUUGCCAAUGACACUGAGUUAUGGAAAAGCCUAUACCAGUCGGUGUUUGAGUACGACACGCCGCUGAUGCACCCGGCGCCGUGUCAGUUCGAGUUUGUACCAGUGGACGAGUGCGACGCGGACAACCCUUGGAAGGAGAGCUUCCGGCAGCUAUAUUACGGGAUCCACGUGCGGCCCAACUACCGCCCCAAGAAGGAUUCGCGUAUCAAACACUUCAAUACUAUUAGGGCGGCUCUGGAGUAUGUGGAGGAGCGCGGCGGGGCGAGCAGUACGGCGGCGGCGGCGUCCCCGCCCAGCAGCUCCGCCAGCAGCAGCUGCGGCGGCGGCGCGGCGUGCGCGUGCGCCAGCGGCGCCUGCGCCUGCCGCCGCGUGGCGCCCGCGCUCGUGUUCGUGCACGCCGGCACCUACCAGGAGGAGUGCCUCGCCAUCGACACCGACGUGCAGCUCAUUGGUUGUGCCUCAGGCAACGUAGCAGACGCGGUCAUCUUGGAACGCGAAGCCGAGUCGACGUUGACGUUUGCGGAGGGAGCGAACCGCGCGUACGCGGGCCACAUGACGCUCAAGUUCUCCCCGGACGCGACCUCCACCAUGCAGCACCACAAGCACUACUGCUUAGAGGUGUCCGACAACUGCUCGCCCACGGUCGACCACUGCAUCAUACGGAGCGCUAGUGUUGUCGGUGCAGCGGUAUGCGUGAGCGGCGCAGGAGCGAACCCAGUGAUAAAGCAUUGCGACAUUAGCGACUGCGAGAACGUAGGGCUGUACGUAACAGAUUACGCCCAAGGCGCGUACCAGGAUAACGAGAUAUCUCGCAACGCGCUCGCCGGUAUCUGGGUGAAGAACUUCGCCAACCCUAUCAUGCGUCGCAACCAUAUACACCACGGGAGAGACGUUGGUAUAUUCACAUUUGAAAAUGGAUUGGGUUAUUUUGAGGCGAAUGAUAUACACAACAAUAGGAUCGCCGGUUUUGAAGUGAAGGCUGGCGCGAACCCCACCGUAGUGCACUGUGAGAUCCACCAUGGACAGACUGGAGGCAUAUACGUCCACGAGUCCGGGCUCGGGCAGUUCAUAGAUAACAAGAUCCACUCCAACAACUUCGCUGGGGUGUGGAUCACCUCUAAUAGUAACCCUACUAUACGCCGCAAUGAGAUUUACAACGGACACCAAGGAGGAGUAUAUAUCUUCGGUGAAGGCCGCGGCCUCAUCGAGCACAAUAAUAUUUACGGGAACGCUCUAGCUGGCAUACAGAUCCGCACAAAUAGCGACCCAAUAGUGAGACACAAUAAGAUCCACCACGGGCAGCACGGCGGCAUCUACGUGCACGAGAAGGGGCAGGGCCUCAUUGAGGAGAACGAAGUGUAUGCCAACACAUUGGCUGGUGUAUGGAUCACCACCGGCUCCACGCCCGUGCUGCGCCGCAACCGCAUACACUCGGGGAAGCAGGUCGGCGUGUACUUCUAUGAUAAUGGGCACGGCAAGUUGGAAGACAACGACAUAUUCAACCACCUUUACUCCGGCGUGCAAAUACGAACUGGGAGCAACCCAGUAAUACGCGGCAACAAAAUAUGGGGAGGGCAGAACGGAGGAGUCCUAGUGUACAACGGAGGCCUGGGCCUCCUCGAACAAAAUGAGAUCUUUGAUAACGCCAUGGCCGGAGUGUGGAUAAAGACUGACUCCAACCCUACACUUAAGAGGAAUAAGAUUUUUGAUGGCCGUGACGGUGGCAUUUGUAUAUUCAAUGGCGGCAAGGGUGUUCUGGAAGAGAACGAUAUAUUUCGCAACGCGCAGGCGGGCGUGCUGAUCUCGACACAGAGCCACCCGGUGCUGCGACGCAACCGCAUCUUCGACGGGCUCGCCGCCGGCGUCGAGAUCACCAACAACGCCACCGCCACGCUCGAGCACAACCAGAUAUUUAAUAAUAGAUUUGGAGGUCUGUGCCUGGCAUCGGGCGUGUCCCCGCUGGUGCGCGGCAACAAGAUCUUCAGCAACCAGGAUGCUGUGGAGAAGGCGGUCGGCGGCGGACAGUGCCUCUACAAGAUUUCCUCAUACACUUCCUUUCCUAUGCAUGAUUUUUAUAGAUGCCAGACGUGCAACACGACAGACCGGAAUGCUAUCUGCGUCAACUGCAUCAAAACGUGCCAUCAGGGACACGAUGUGGAAUUCAUUCGCCAUGACAGGUUCUUCUGUGACUGCGGUGCAGGCACGCUGUCGAACCAGUGCCAGCUGCAGGGCGAGCCCACGCAGGACACGGACACGCUGUACGACUCGGCCGCGCCCAUGGAGUCGCACACGCUCAUGGUCAACUGAGCCGCCCGCUAGGCGCCCUGCGUCCCCGCCAUAGCGCCGCUGCCCCGCCGCGCCAUUACCCGACACCCACCCACGCCGCGAUCCCUCAAACAUCCAACGACGACGGUCCGAAAAACUUAGCUCGUAAUACCGGUAAAGUAUUUUUUGGAAUGUUAGUUAGGUAAAGUUCAAGGUUGUAAAAGUUCGGACCGGCUUGCCAGUUUGAGGGAGCGCGGCGUGUGGCGGCGCCCGUCCGCCGCGGCCGCGGCGGCGCCCCCACCGCGCUUCAGGCAGUCUGCCACGCGUCCGAUUACAGUAUUCGUCGGAAACUUACUAUGAACAUUAUUAUUUAUUACUUUAGAUAUUAUUCGCCGGACUGCAACGAUUUUAUUACUACAAAAGUUAUUAUUUUCUACCUAUUCUAUCGUAAUGUGUGAUUUUACACUUGUUGUCUAUUACUGUACUCUAGUUAGCCAUUAUUUUUAUUACCUAAAACUACAUUGUAUAUUCUCAUGUUGAGGUCGCUGAUUCUUUGUACUGUUUGGCGCGUACUAUUCGUAUAACCGAUAUGUAUUUUUCAACUUUGUAUUCUAUAGUUCACGAGGAAUCGUAUUUCGGGCAUUUGCUGUAUGUAUUGUGUACGUAGAGGAGGUUUAUUUCAAUCAUCGGUACUUAAUAAUUAUGUCGAGUAGUAUCAUGCAUUCCCAAAUUGUAAUCAUACAUAAUCUCAAAAAAAUCACAUUGAUAAUUAGAAUAAUGCUAUUCGUUUUAUAAGAUGUACUGGUAGAAAUAUUUAUAGUAUCUACUAUAGUUUCAUAAUCAUGGGGAAGAUGUUUUUAUUUUCGUCAAAAAAAAUCCUAUAAAUAAUUUAGUUACGUAGUUUAGUUUGUCUGUCCAGCGACUGGCGGUCAGGAUGGCUUCAUUGUAAUAUAUGAUAUGGAUUUUAUCUAUUUGACGAGACGAUUUCAUUUUAUUUGAGCAUUUACCGUAGGUCUCCUGGCGACGGCGCUGGGAGUAUGUGCAAGGUUUUAGUUAAUAAAGAUAGUAGUGCCGGCCAGUGACACCAGGCAGUGGUGCCCGGAGCCGGACGCCGGCCGGCGGCGGCGCCUGCGCGAGCAGCGACCAGGGACGCGGACGCGGCGCACUUUCUAAUCUCUCGUUUAGGAGUCUGCCUCGCCUAACUAUUUUGGCGCCCCUAAUGCGCUUUGUAAAUAUUUAUGUCACACAAUAAUCGAAAUGUAGUAAUUAAUGUAUUUGUAUCAUUAUAUUUUUAUUAUUGAUCACAACAUGUAUGUUUAAUUAUGAAUUACGUACGUUAUGGCCCGGAGCCGCUUGUAUCGUUGGUUUUCGCUUGUAUCGUUGUGUCAGCGAGCCAGUAGAUAGCAGAUAUCAUUAGCCGGGCGCGGCCCGCCACUGUAUAUUAAGAUGCAAAUUAAGAACGAAUGUGCGUAUUUAAUUGGAAAAGAUCUUAGGUACAAUUGAUAUUUUAUUAUAUUGUUAAUUUAAAUUUGGUAUUGAUAUCGAUCGAGAAGCAAUGUUAGGAAACUGGGAAGAGCCGUGCGUGAGCGGCCAGAGUGCUGAUAGUGAUAAGUUAGCCAAUAAGCUAUAAUGAAAUCUAAAUUACUCUGUAAUCACUAUUGCAAGUUUCGAAUUGUUAAAUCUCUCCAUAGCACGGUAUGUUCUAAAUCUGCUUUUUUAUAAUCCUCAAAUCUGUGAUCAACGCUAAAUGUGUAAGUGAAGAUAUUUUAGUUGAACCCACGAACAGAAUUAUGACUUUAAUUGUAUCGUCAAAAUUAUUGUGGCGCCGAUGCAUAUAUAAUCUUGAAAGUGAAAUUAUUGUUAUUUAUUGAAUUGUCAAUAUGUUCUUAAUUUAUUGAAUUCAAAUCUGGAUAUUUUGUUUAUACAUGAAUGAAUACCACUGUAAAAGCCGUGAUAUACAUCAUAUAAUAUUAUA